AUGGCAAGUAGGCGAUACGGGGUUCGUCUCCCCGACAUCGUCGCCGCCGGCAACAGCAACAACGACGGCAGCGGCGCCGACUCCAGCACUGGCACCGAACAACAGGGUCAAUACCUCUCGCUCCCUAGUUCCCCGACAAAUGUCCGCAGGCCCCGACCCAACAUGAGCAGGAGGCCGUCCACAAACGAACCGAUUGACGAACGGUCGCCUCUCCUGGGCGCGGCACGACCUUCGCGCAUCCGCAUCCACAGCGCCCAUGGCUCGCCGAGGGUGCCCCUCCUGUCGAGGAACCAGAGUUAUGCGGAUAGCGUAAGGAGUAUCCGGCACCACAGCCGCGCUAACUCGUGGGGCACGCGCCUAAUGCACGCCCUGUCGGACCGCCAGGAGUCGUCCAUGGCCGACUCCAAGGGCUCACUCUACCCCGACGACCGCGUGUGGUACGACCAGUUCACGUCGACCGAUUGGGUCCACGACAGCAUCGCCGACGCUUAUCGGGUCAAGGCCCUGCGGAGUCGCAAGGACUUUUGGGGCCGCGUCUACGUGCUGUUCGACGGCGCCCAGGGGCUGGCUGCUGAGCGCCCUCGUCGAGUUUAUCGUCGCCGUCCUGGCAAAUGCUGCCCUCCACGGUCCCUGUACGGACUGGCGGGACUGGAUGGUGUCGCCGAAGUUCGUGUCAUUCUCAGCGGCUUCGUGCUGCACGGCUUCCUCGGUCUCAAGACGCUCAUCAUCAAAACCCUUGGUUUAAUUCUUAGCGUAGCCUCUGGGCUCAGCUUGGGUAAGGAAGGCCCCUAUGUGCACAUCGCAACCUGCGUCGGCAACAUCGCCUGCCGUCUCUUCACCAAGUACGACCGCAACGACGCUAAGAGGCGUGAGGUCCUCUCGGCGGCGGCGGCGGCAGGUGUCGCUGUGGCCUUUGGCGCUCCGCUCGGCGGCGUGCUCUUCGGCUUGGAGGAGGUGGCCUACUUCUUCCCGGCCAAGACGCUCUUCCGCACCUUCUUCUGCUGCAUCACCGCCGCAUUAACGCUCAAGUUCCUGAACCCCUACGGGACGCAGAAGAUCGUCAUGUUUCAAGUGCGAUACCUCGUCGAUUGGGAGUACUUUGAGAUUAUCAGCUUCAUCUUGGUUGGUGUUUUUGGCGGCGCUGCUGGUGCCCUGUUCAUCAAGGCUUCCCGACACUGGGCCAAGACCUUCCGCCGGAUCCCCGCCAUCAAGGCGUAUCCCCUUCUCGAGGUGGUGCUGGUUGCGCUGGUCACGGGGUUGAUUGGGUACUGGAAUACCUUGACCAAGCUCCCCGUCGCCAAGCUACUUUACAACCUUGCCGCCCCGUGUGACGACCGGGAUAACAACCUAGAGGACCUAGGAUUGUGCCCGGAGGAGAUUGGUGACAUCCCGCCUAUUCUACUGAACCUACUCACCGCGUUCUUGAUCAAGGGGUUCCUGACUAUUAUCACUUUUGGGAUUAAACUCCCAGCCGGUAUCUACGUGCCGUCCAUGGUGGUCGGCGGUCUCAUGGGCCGCCUCGUCGGACACGUUGUUCAGUGGGUGGUCAUGGCCACGCCUGAUUGGGGUGUCUGGGGUACUUGCGCGAAGAUGCCGAAUGCCACCUGCAUCCAACCUGGCGUGUACGGCCUCAUCGCUGCCGGCUCAACGAUGUGCGGUGUCACUCGCUUGUCUGUCACCCUGGCGGUUAUCUUGUUUGAGCUCACCGGGAGUCUGGACUAUGUUUUGCCGUUCUCCCUAGCCAUUCUAGUCGCCAAGUGGACCGCUGAUGCUAUCGAGCCGCUCAGCAUCUACGAUCUCCUCACGGAGAUGAACUCAUACCCCUACCUCAACAACAAGCACAAGCCCAUCUUCACCUCGGACCUCGCCGACAUCGUCCCGCGCGUCCGUAAGGAGCGCAUCAUCGACAUCACCACCUCGCCCGUCGUGCCCGCCCUCAGCCUGCGCGCCAAGCUCGAGCUACUACACAAGGCCGGCGAGCUGGACGGCGGCCUGCCCAUCGUCCGCGACGGCAUCCUCGUCGGCCUCAUCCCCGCCCCCGACCUCGAGUACGCCCUCGAUAACCUCCGCGACGAGCCGUCGAGUCUGUGUCUCAUGGCCCCCGUGCCGAGCAUCGAUGACUCGGAUGACGGCCUACCGGAUCCGACCGAUUUUACGCCGUUUAUUGACCCCGCCCCCGUGGCGCUGGAUAUCAGGUCACCGAUGGAUCUGGUCUAUGAGUGCUUUGUCAAGUUGGGGUUGCGGUAUAUCUGUGUGUUGCGGGAUGGGCGCUAUGCGGGGAUGACGCACAAGAAGACGUUUGUCAAGUAUAUGCGGGAGCUGGAAGAGAAGGAGGGGCACAUGUGA